CUUAAACUCAUCUUCGUACAAAGAUCGAUAGCAAGAUCGAUAGACCUAGGAACCUCUAGGAUAUCAACUGAGAUAUUAUGUAUGGCUCCCCUUCCAUCUAGAUCAGAUUCACCCCAAUAUCGAGACAUACAUAUGGACACGGCAAAGGGCAUCACAUUGGGACUUCGGGACAUCCACAUGGGUACCGCAAAGCCUGGCGGCGGCGCAUGGUCUGACGACAUUUCAAUGGACACUGCACGAAACUGCGACAACCGUGAAAGCAGGGAAUUGCUCCAGAGCUCCGAGGUCAAGCGCAAAGCCACCGUUGCCCAAUUAUUUUUUCUUGACUAUUACUUUAUGAACCUUGGAUAUAUCGUAUCCAGGAAGGAAAGGAGGGCACGCUUUGACGCAGAUACUACCAAAAGGCAGCUAACAGCCGCCGAGUACGCAAAGGAGUUUAAGUCGUAUUGCGGGCGAGAGAGGGUUAUUCUGAGGAAACGCAGAGCAAAGCUGAGGGUUGACCAAUUUCAUAUCAUCGCACAAGUCGGGCAGGGUGGUUAUGGUGAGGUGUUCUUGGCACGGAAACAGGACACAGGAGAGAUAUGCGCCCUCAAGAAGAUGAAGAAACGACUGAUGCAUUUCAAGGUGCGGCACGUCCUAGUGGAGCGCGACAUCCUCACCGCAACCAAGACACCGUGGCUCGUCAGACUUCUUUACGCAUUCCAGGACGCACAACACGUGUAUUUAGCAAUGGAGUAUGUUCCAGGAGGCGAUUUUCGUACUCUCCUCAACAACUCUGGCGUUCUCAAGGAAGAGCACGCAAGGUUUUAUAUUUCAGAAAUGUUCGUCGCCGUCAACGAGCUUCACAAGCUUGGUUACAUUCAUCGUGACUUGAAGCCGGAGAAUUUCCUUGUGGACGGCACCGGACAUGUCAAGCUGACUGACUUCGGCCUUGCCACGGGUGCCCUCAAUCCCAAGCGCAUUGAAUCGAUGAAGUUGAAGCUCGAUAAAGUGAAAGACGUCCAAGUCGUCUACCGCUCUACCCUGGAGCGCCGCUCAAUGUACAAAUCCAUCCGCGCUGAAGACCCACGGUAUGCAGACUCCAUAGUUGGCUCACCCGACUACAUGGCGCCCGAGGUCCUCAGAGGCAAACCGUACACUUAUUCAGUCGACUUAUUGGUCGCUAGUGGCAGCACGCCAGAGGAAACCUGGACAAACCUGAAGAACUGGACGAAGGUACUGAGAAGGCCAGAGUAUGAUAAGCCCGAAGACUUGAUCUUCAACUUGACGGAUAUUGCAUGGGAUGCCGUGACUAGGCUCAUCUCGCACUCAAGCGUUCGAUACUCCACUCUUACCCAGGUCACAGGCCACCCUUUCUUUGACGGGAUGCAGUGGGAGGACCUCCGCUCAACACGCGCACCGUUUGUCCCUGCUCUUGACUCAGAGAUUGACACGGGGUACUACGAUGAUUUCACUUCUGCGGAAGACAUGGCGAAGUACGCUGAAGUGAAAGACAAGCAGCGAAACGUGGAGAAGGUGAAGGAAAAAGAAGAGCCGGAAGCCCGAGGUGUCUGGGUCGGCUUCACCUUCGGUAAAAAUGGUCCGGGAGGAAAGCUGUUUGGUUCGUUGGAUUCGAGUCAAGACGACGGUGGAGCGUUGGCUACCAUAUUUUGAUACCUUGAAAUGAUAAAAUAUCCUUAUAUCCUGAUAGGGUUGACAUAAAAGUAUAAGGAUG